GUGUUGGCAAAGCACAUGCGGCUGCUGGAAAAUCACAUUCACAGUGGAUCACUCCUAGUCAGUCCCUGCUGUCAGAUUCCUUGGCAGUGCGGUCAAGGAUGUCCCCUUUCUCACAAAUUGUCUUCAUCGCCUUGCUCUCCAGCCUGAGCUUAACCCGGGCCUUGUAUUUCCACAUCGGGGAGACAGAGAAAAAAUGCUUUAUAGAGGAGAUUCCUGACGAAACGAUGGUUAUCGGUAAGUACCGCACUCAGCUCUGGGAUAAACAGACGGCAGCCUUCCUGCCAUCGACACCUGGCCUGGGGAUGCAUGUGGAAGUCAAGGAUCCUGACACCAAGGUGGUCCUGUCCAGACAGUAUGGCGCAGAGGGUCGCUUCACCUUCACGUCGCACACCCCUGGAGAACACCAGAUCUGCCUGCACUCCAACUCCUCCAAGAUGGCGCUCUUCACUGGGGGGAAGCUAAGAGUUCAUCUGGAUAUCCAGGUGGGUGAGCACACCAACAACUACCCCGAGAUCGCAGCCAAAGACAAGCUGACAGAGCUGCAGCUGCGCGUGAGACAGCUCCUGGACCAGGUGGAGCAGAUCCAGAAAGAGCAGAACUACCAGCGGUACCGUGAAGAGCGUUUCCGCAUGACCAGUGAGAGCACCAACCAGCGGGUACUGUGGUGGUCCAUCACCCAGACCGUCAUCCUCCUCAUCACUGGCAUCUGGCAGAUGAGACACCUCAAGAGCUUCUUUGAGGCCAAGAAACUGGUGUAGCCUGCGAACGGGAUGAGGAAGAGGGCAGAGAUUUGCAGAAGAGUCAGAUUUCACACAGGAAACAUUGUCUUUCUAAAGAAUUGCAUGGGUUGAGCUGAGUAACAAUUCCCUGGUAGAUACACGGUGUUACCUUAAAAGGGGAAUUGAUUUUAGCCUCGAUAUCUUUUUUGAAUACCUCUGGGUUUGGCUUUUGGAUGCAACCGUUGUUGUUAUUAUUAUUUAUUUUAUUUAUUUUUAUAUACAAAAGACCACUGUUAUACCCUGUUUUCCCUUUUGAGUGCUUUGACAGUGUGGCCCCUGGCUGACAGAGCAACGAUCUGCUCAGAUAUGUGUAACUGGAGCAGGUGAAUUCCCUACUUUUGGAUAUACCAGCUUCUGUUUUUUUCUAAUGCAUUCACAGUGACGGUGUUCAAGGUCACUGAAGCUAUGUAGGUUAACUAAAAUGCCUGUGAAGGAACUCAUUGAGAAUGAUGCACUCACAGCUGCUGUUGAUCAGUACUGGUCAGUGUAAGAAGUCUAAGCUCCCAGUGGCUGGCAUUUGGAUAAUUUUGUAUAUAUUUGCGGAUUUAAAACAAAAAGGCUGUUUGCUGCCCAGGUACAGUCAUUCACUAAUGCUUCAUUCCUUAGCUGUAAAAACACUGAACAGUACAGCCUGUAUCUUUCACACUUUUGCAUUCCAAAACCAAUGACAUAUUUUAAUUGUAAUACUAUGGGUGCGUUAAGUAACUGAGCGGCUCAGAGUUGUUUCUCUACUUCUGCUUGCUGUUCACAAUGCAAUCUGCUGUGUAGCUCUGAGUUGCUAAGGAGGAGAGGGACUGAGCAUGUAGUCUCGUUCCCUGAGCUGCACAGGGCCAAUUACUUCACACACCCACUGUCAAGUAUAUAUGUGGUAGAACAGGAUUAAAACGUUCCGGGGGGUGGGAUUGUGUUAGUGUCUUUAGUUUUUUUUUUUUUUUUUUUUUUAUGUAAUGCUGUUUGUUUGUUUUGGGAAGGGCUGUCAUUGAAGUUCAUCUUUACCUGUGGCCUGUAGCAGAUUUGGAAGACAAACCCUGGGCCCUCGGCAUUUAAUAACAGUUAAAGAGAAAAUUACAAAACAUAAUCUUGGAGAAAAAGUCAGUGACUUGGCCACAAUGAAUGAUUACAAUUAAUAUACAAUGGGAAGAAAGAAGAAAUUGAAGCAAUUUCCCAAUACAAACCCCAGCUCUGUUUAAGGGUAGGUAGGCUCCUACUUAAGAUAGCUGUUUAAAUAAGCAGACUCUUCUAGACUAACCACAGCAGAAUCUGUUCAGUCCUCUGUGUACAAUGUACAACCCAAUGGGCAAUGGAGACUUCUUACAUGAGGCCUUAGAAAUGAGAGAGUCUGGCACAGCUCACUAUAUGAAGAUAUUACAGGGGAAAAUGUUGUGAGAGUUCCUUUUCCUUUUUCAGAGGAGUCGCAUGCAUUUGUAGCUCCACCUCCCCUAACACCUCUCUUUGAAACAGUCUAGUUCAGUGUGUGUGUGAAGUGUUGUUGUGUUGUUAUUUGUUAUGGGUUGUCCUUUUGUUAGGGUUCAAUUGAUUCUCUUAGAAACUUACCACUACUAAAAAGAAAAAUCUGUCAUUAGUCUAAAAUAGUGUUUUCAUCUGGGUGAUGGUGGAACCAGGUUUUGGAUUUCCAGGCUGUAAACAUGUCUUUUAAAUGUGUUCUGACCUUUAGUAAUAAUAUUAUUAAUGAAACUUAAGCAGCACAUUUAACCAUAAAUGCUGUCAAGGCACUUCAGCUGUGCACAUAAGCAAGUAUAUUAAAAUGUGAUCUACAUUAACAA